AUGGCCGAUCCUAGGCUGGUGCUCUCCGAGGCCAUCUCGGAGGAGCGCACCGAGCCGUUCUCACAGACCCAGAUCGAUGCUCUCUUCAAGGGCAUCCGCGUUGAGGAGCCAGUCCCCUCGGCUGAUGCCGGGUCCGUCCCUCUCGACAACCUCCAGGUCGAGGAACACCACCACAGGCAAGGCAUCCGCAUCCUCGUCCGCCCUCUAGCCAAGUUCCCCAACUCACGGUCCGUCAGUCCUGGCAGUGACAGUUGCCAGUGGCUUGCGCUCCGUGCUGAGGUUGCUUCCGCUGAGCAGCCUGAACACAAGGUCCUCGCUGUGACUCAGACAUCCAAGGAUAUCAAGUUCUCCGUCCGCAUCCCCGGCGAAAUCCAGGACGAGUCUCCGCGACCUCCGCUGUGGUGCGAGCUGUACUACGACCCUGCCAGUGACAAGGUGAUCUUCCUAAACAAGUCGGAUGUGCCAAUAUCCCUCUCCGGCGUCACCCAGACCCCGUUGUCGAGCCCUGUCCUCGCUGAAGCCCUCGUCAUUAAUCCAGGCGUGGCAAGGGCCUUGAGGCCAGGAACAUGGCGCAUUGCUGUUAGGGAUGUCGCCGUGCUGGACUUUAGGAUCCUGGAGAAGCGCCCAGUGACGCUGUACCAACCCCAAGCACCCACCAUCGUGGAGGAAGUGUCUUCAUCGAGCAGCUCUAGUCAGGUCAUUUCAGGCGGAAAGCGAGCCCUGACCCCAGAAGUUGAUGUAAAGAGGGUUAAACGCCGCGUCUCAGAUCCGGAUACACCUGGGGAUGAUGGCGUCAUCAUGUUUCUGAGGCCUGCCGCCGACCCUCUUGUCUUCCCCCUUCCCAACGGCCGUGAGACCAAAGAGUUAUCUGCUAUCAAUGGCCACGCAUUACUUGACACCGAAAAGGGUCAGACGAUUGCAGUACCAGGAGUUUGCGAGCUUGAUGAGUACCAGCUUACCAAGCGGGAGCCGAUUGCAUCCACAUCGCUGUCGGCCGUCUACACUGCGGACCAUUCUCAUGUGCCCGACAACAUCGUCACAGUCAAGGUGCUCAAGACCCGUGUCGCGAACCCAAAUGACAAACCCCAUGUGCACGAACGGAACGUUAUCCGUCAAGCUGACAUGUGGUUGCGUGAGUGUAAAAGUCAGGAAGAACUCCAACACGAAUCCAUUGUCCGAUACUACGGCGGAGACGCGCGUUUUCUCUCCCUGUACAUGGAGCAUGUGGACGCAAAGGAUCUGACGGCCGCUCCUCGAUGGAGGAACAAGGCAAAUGACGAAUUCCAAGGCGAUCGGAGUGAUGCCUUGAGGAUCCUUGCCGACAUUUCUGGCGCCUUGAACUACAUUCACGGUCGCAAGCUAGUUCACAAUGACAUCAAGCCCGCCAACAUCUUGUACUCUCCGGAGCGUGGAGCCGUCCUCUGCGACUUUGGACUCUCAACCUUGGCAAGCAACUCGCCUAUGGGCGGCGGAACACCGUACUACGUACCGCCGGAAUUUAUCGGGCGCAAGCUCCGUGGUCCUGCGUCGGACGUUUGGGCUGUUGGCAUCACCAUGCUUUAUGUCCUACGCAAAAUUCCGUUCCCUGAUUGUCGCGCCCGCCGCCACCAUCCCAAGCCGCUGUACUGGCAAAUAUCCGGAGUCAACAACCCCUCAACACCACACAAACAAUAUGGCAAUGGUCAGCCUGCGAUCAACCAAAUGCGCGACUGGUUGACUGAGAUUUACGAUGCUAGAGAGAAGCUUGACAACAAGGAUCGACUUGAGCGACUGGUCAAGGAGAUGUUGACCCCUAAUCCGCAACAACGUAUCACCAUGGCGAGAGUGUUGCAAGAGUUGGCUGUUGACCAGACCUCGGCUGCAAGUUGA